GGCUAUGUGCGAGACACCUUCAUCUCGUCAAGGUGGCUCAACGGACGCAAAGAGAUGAUGCCCUUCAAAUUCCGUGAAUCUAAAAUGCCAUGCGCCCUGAUACUUCUGCUGUGCUGGAGCUAUGUUUUGAAAGGCAAGUAUGACACGCUAUUCUGCACACGUUGACAAUGUGUCGAGAAUAAAUGUAGGAAAGGUACAUUUAUGUAGGAUAACUAAUGAUGGUAGUAAGAGGUUUAGCCUAUGUCUCAUCAUCACUAUGCAUACAUUCAUUUAUUUCAAGAAAUAAGCCUUUAACCACAGUAUUCUAGUAAAUUAUAAAUGUUUCAUAAACUUGUGUGAGAAUAAACGAUCUGUCAAAUUGUACAUGUAAUGUAUACUGGCUAUAAUGUAGGCUAGUUCAUUUUAUAAUCAAGCAAUUGAAAGAUAAUUCACAUCUUAGGUUAGACAACAUUACAGGCCUAUAAAAGUUUCAAAAUAUUUUUAUAAGUGGACAGAGUAAGCUUUUUUUCUCUGUUUGGCAUCCAUGCUUGGUAUGUUCAUGUUCAGAAAAACAAAGUUAUGAAAAUGCACCAAACAUGCUAACAGGAAUUAGUUGAAAUGUAUGUUAUAUUCUUGUUAUUCCUAUUUCUGUUUUUAGCUACACACACAGACAUUAUCAUCCAGACGCCUGGGAGGGUGAUGGUGAAGGCUGGUGAUACAGUGAUCUUGAAAUGCAAUUUGAUUGAGCUUAUCACCUACUGCCACUCUGUGACUUGGAUGAAAGUAGACCCCAGGACUGGAACACUGAGUACAAACCUAAAGACUGAUAACAACUCUAAGAAGGGAGAAGUGAAACAUGACAAACUAUGUUCUGCUACAAUCACCAAAGCAACAGUGAGCGACUCGGGCAUGUACUAUUGUUCAGCUGCUCAAUCCGAAAUGGUGCACACGGGCAAUGGUUCUAGAGUUAUUGUGAGAGGUAAAUUAAAUGUGUGGUAUUUUCAUUCACAAAGUUGACUGAUAAAAAAAUACACAGAUGUGCUAAAAAAUAAUAAUACACAUACAAAAAUUCAUCUUGUGCUUGAAAAAUCUAAAUAGCCAAUUGUAAAUAUAGCAUAGAAUUUCUGUAACCCUUUGAACAUAUUGAAUGAGGUUGCCUGUAUGGUCUAAAAUGAAGAAUAGUGCAUUCAGAGUAUAGGCUAUGUUGAACAGCCUGUAGAUCAUUUCAACAAGUCAUUUAAUUGUUUCAAUUCUGACAAUCUUGUCCCCAGAGAGCGAGAGAACACAGAACAUCACUGAAUCCCCAACCAUCAAACUCCUCUCUCCAAUGGACGGUGACGGGUCUGUUGUGUUGACGACUUUAUACUACACAGCAGAGUCCUUCAUCCCUCUGCUGUGUUUGGUGUUGAAAGUGGUCCCGUCUCAGGUCCAUGUGUUCUGGCUCAUAGACGGGAGACAGGACAGUGGACUUACUGCGUCCACUUGGACAGACAACAGUGAUUCAGCCACAGAGUUCACUAUGAACCAGAUUCUGGUCCAGGCAGAGGAGUGGGACAGAGGUGUGCAGUGUACAUGUGUGGUGGAGUUUGAGGGAAAUUAUAUCAACAAAACCCUGAUAAAGAACAAUGGUAAUUGCAUCAGUGUAUCUCAAAUACUCACUUUCUAUGUUAAUUUCAACAGUCUCCUCUGCAAAAAGCCCCAUCAGCCAAUGUCAAGGCUACCUAAAUCAGAUGCAUUUUGAAUCAAAAGUAGUCCAUUAAGAUUUCUUACCAAGAUAUGACGCAGUCUGAGGAUGGUUAGGAUGAGCAUAUUAUACUACAGGAAAGGCUCAAUUAUAGUUUCACAUAAGGGCAAUACACAUACACUGUAAAACAUAUAUAUUUUUAUAUUACAUCGUAAUGUGUGGGAGUGUGUACCCACCAUAAUCAUUUAUAUUUCAAUAAUAGCCGUUAUCACUUAUACUUCAUUAUAUAUUUUUCCAAUGUGACAGAGUUUGUGAUGAUUUUCCUUUUCCGAUUAAAAUGUUGUUCUCUUAUCAACUUCUCAUUUACCAUGUACAUUGUGUAUUUCUUCUUUCUUACAUGUAUUUAUGACCCAAACCAUAGAUUCUAAUGGCAUGUGCACAAUCCUGCUGUAUUGGGCAUCUGCAGCUGCUCUCCUCACCAUUAUAGUGGCUGUCACUGUCGCUGUGUGUCUGCACCGUGGUAAGUUAAAACUAAUCAAUAAUUGGCCAGUACUGUGUGAAACAAAGACUAAAUUACCUGUGGAUGACAAUGUACUGUAUAGCAUUGUCCUCAGCAGAGGCAUUAUAACCAUUGAAACCGAGGAGGUACAUGCCCCAUCAAUUUAAUCAAUUUGUAGGAUACAAAUGUACAAGAUAUAGCUUAUUUUAUAACUUAUCAGUGCCCCCUCAAAAACAUUAGGGAUAUGACGUGAUGGCUAUGGUCAUGGCUAGGUGUGUAAGUAGGCCAGUUCAGUCGUAAAACUAAGAUAUAGGUAAAGGGUCUGUUUUUACAACCUAUAUGAGGGGGUGAAGAUUCUAUUCCAUUAUGUCAUUUUCUGAGCAAAUGGAAUGCAGUUUUGAUUUGACUACAGCUGAACUGCAGCUGUAAUACACCUACCCCCUCCUGACUGCCAAUUAUUUCAACAUUGAUAAAGAAGAACUGAGUCUUAAAAUCAGAGAAACUGAGUCAAAGUCACAAAUGACAUAGUUACUGUAUCUUAAUUCACUCUACAACAAUGUCAGAAAUAGGAAUGUUGGAAAUAUGCAAUUGUAAUAAUUAUUGCUUAGUUGUACAGUUUACUCCCUCUGCUUUUGAGAUUAGAUCAUAGAGUGAAUAUGAACAAAUGGCCAUAGACAAAGAACAUUAUCAUUGAAUCAUAAUGUAUCCUUCAACCUGGAUUUUAAAUGUGGUAUUUCUAUUGCUUUUUCCUGUAGGACAUCCUGUGGUUACUGAUGUGGAUACAAGGUUUGUGUCUGACCGUUAAUCUAACAUUUAAUUUGAGAAGUCAGUGAUCGCUGGAGUGCUAAUGUGAAAUACUCUGUUUCAAUUUCAGACAAAGAGUCACAGGCACUGAGAGCAGGCAGCAUCAAUCUGGUAAAAUGUUAUAAUUUUUCUAAUUUAGGAUUACAACAGCCGACUAUUUUAGAUGGAUUUUCAAAUCAAAUCACAUUUUAUUUGCCACCAGCGCCGAAUACAACAGGUGUAUACCUUACAGUGAAAUGCUUACUUACAAGCCCUUAACCAACAAUGCAGUUUUAAGAAAAAUAAGUGUUAAGUAAAAAAUAGAUAAGUAAAUAAUUAUUAAAGAGCAGCAGUAAAAUAUAAUAACAGUAGGGAGGGUAUACAGUGAGGGAAAAAAGUAUUUGAUCCCCUGCUGAUUUUGUACGUUUGCCCACUGACAUGAUGAAAUGAUCAGUCUAUAAUUUUUAUGGUAGGUUUAUUUGAACAGUGAGAGACAGAAUAACAACAACAAAGUUCUGAAAAACGCAUGUCAAAAAUGUUAUAAAUUGAUUUGCAUUUUAAUGAGGGAAAUAAGUAUUUGAUCCCUCUGCAAAACAUGACUUACUACUUGGUGGCAAAACCCUUGUUGGCAAUCACAGAGGUCAGACGUUUCUUGUAGUUGGCCACCAGGUUUGCACACAUCUCAGGAGGGAUUUUGUCCCACUCCUCUUUGCAGAUCUUCUCCAAGUCAUUAAGGUUUCGAGGCCUGACGUUUGGCAACUCAAACCUUCAGCGCCCUCCACAGAUUUUCUAUAGGAUUAAGGUCUGGAGACUGGCUAGGCCACUCCAGGACCUUAAUGUGCUUCUUCUUGAGCCACUCCUUUGUUGCCUUGGCUGUGUGUUUUGGGUCAUUGUCAUGCUGGAAUACCCAUCCACGACCCAUUUUCAAUGCCCUGGCUGAGGUAAGGAGGUUCCCACCCAAUAUUUGACGAUACAUGGCCCCGUCCAUCAUCCCUUUGAUGCGGUGAAGUUGUGCUGUCCCCUUAGCAGAAAAACACCUCCAUGUUUGACGGUGGGGAUGGUGUUCUUGGGGUCAUAGGCAGCAUUCCUCCUCCUCCAAACACGGCGAGUUGAGUUGAUGCCAAAGAGCUCGAUUUUGGUCUCAUCUGACCACAACACUUUCACCCAGUUCUCCUCUGAAUCAUUCAGAUGUUCAUUGGCAAACUUCAGACGGGCAUGUAUAUGUGCUUUCUUGAGCAGGGGGAUCUUGCGGGCGCUGCAGGAUUUCAGUCCUUCACGGCAUAGUGUAUACCAAUUGUUUGCCUUGAGAUCAUUGACAAGAUCCUCCCGUGUAGUUCUGGGCUGAUUCCUCACCGUUCUCAUUAUCAUUGCAAGAUCUCACGAGGUGAGAUCUUGCAUGGAGCCCCAGGCCGAGGGAGAUUGACAGUUCUUUUGUGUUUAUUCCAUUUGCGAAUAAUCACACCAACUGUUGUCACCUUCUCACCAAGCUGCUUGGCGAUGGUCUUGUAGCCCAUUCCAGCCUUGUGUAGGUCUACAAUCUUGUCCCUGAUAUCCUUGGAGCGCUCUUUGGUCUUGGUGGAGAGUUUGGAAUCUGAUUGAUUGAUUGCUUCUGUGGACAGGUGUCUUUUAUACAGGUAACAAACUGAGAUUAGGAGCACUCCCUUUAAGAGUGUGCUCCUAAUCUCAGCUCGUUACCUGUAUAAAAGACACCUGGGAGCCAGAAAUCUUUCUGAUUGAGAGGGGGACAAAUACUUAUUUCCCUCAUUAAAAUGCAAAUCAAUUUAUAACAUUUUUGACAUGCGUUUUUCUGGAUUUUUGUUGUUGUUAUUCUGUCUCUCACUGUUCAAAUAAACCUACCAUUAAAAUUAUAGACUGAUCAUUUCAUUGUCAGUGGGCAAACGUAUAAAAUCAGCAGGGGAUCAAAUACUUUUUUUCCUCACUGUAUACAGGGGGUACCGGUACAGAGUCAAUGUGUGGGGGCACAGAUUAGUCAAGGUAAUUGAGGUAAUAUGUACAUGUAGGUAGAGUUAAAGUGACUAUGCAUAGAUAAUAAACAGAGAGUAGCAGCAGCGUAAAAGAGGGGUUAGGGUGGGGUGGGGGGGACAAUGCAAAUAGUCCGGGUAGACAUGAUUAGCUGUUCAGGAGUCUUAUGGCUUGGGGGUAGAAGCUGUUAAGAAGCCUUUUGGACCUAGACUUGGCGCUCUGGUACCGCUUGCCGUGCGGUAGCAGAGAGAACAGUCUAUGACUAGGGUGGCUGGAGUCUUUGACAAUUUUUAGGGCCUUCCUCUGACACCGCCUGGUAUAGAGGUCCUGGAUGGCAUUUUUUAGGGGACUCUGUUUUACAUUUCUGUGUGAGAGAUGAGAUCAAAAUAUUUCAUAGAGAAAUAAAUGGGGUGCCAUUGUAGCACUUUGAGACACCAUUAGUUCUCACAGCAUCUCUUGAUGGAGUAUGCAGGGUUGGUUGAUUGAAGGAUUCCAAAACUUUUUGAAGUACAGUAGUUUGUCGGGGGAUGUCAUGGCUGCAUUGGUGUUUGUCAUGAUCUGACUUGUAACAUUUGCAGGGAAACGUGGAGAAGCAAGAAAGGCAGUUAGAUCAUCCGUCUCGGUAAGUAGCUAUUGUAUUUGGGUUAGAAUUUUUGGUGGAAGUGCCAAUAUUUUUUAAAUGUUGCAUACUUUUAUAAUCCAUUGCCAUGCUAUCAGAUUUUCUCAGGUAGAACUUUUAAAUCACCAUUUCAGCUCUGAAAUGUCUCAUACUGGUGUAUUACUUGAUAAGUAUAGUGUAAUUACAGUACUUAUAGGCGAUAUACCUGUUUGUGGUUUGUGUAAAUACAGAUUGGCAUUUUUAUAUUUAUUAUAUUUGUAAACAAACUCAAAUGAAUUGAGGCUAAACCUACUCUCACCCCUAGAAUGAUUGUUUUAGAUUAUUACUCAGUUAUCUCCAUUGUGAAUGUAUUGAUUGAGAUUGACUGACUCUAAUUUCUAUGGUGUGAAUAGUCACAUAUGAGACCCUUGUUUACAGUUGCAGUAUUGCUGCCCCAAUUCAGUCCACAUAAAGUAUUAAAGCAUUUUUGUAUACUUGAAUAUAAAGCAAAAGCUAUACCGAUUUCUGAACUGUUGAGAAACAAGCCUCCUAUAUUGAACUCCCUGUUUUUGAUCGUUACACAGGUCCAGUAUGCGACUUUGGACCAUAUCAAUUUUGGGAGAUGCCCAAAUACAAUUAUCCAAUAAGAUUUGGAAGAAGAAAUUGCAUAAGAGUUUUCAGAUUAUUAUGUAUGUAUUUGUGUAUAAAGCAAGAGCCAGUGUCCGCAAUUGCAAAGUGCCCAGAGCCAAUAGCAAACACAGAGCUCUUUCUUUUAUAUUG